AUGAAUGAGAUUUUUGGUGGAGACUGUGAAGGAUGUGGCUUGCUAAUGGGGAACAACGCAGUGCUACUAUAUCGGGUGUACCUUGACCGCACAGUCCACGAUGACAUUCGUUGGACGCCGUUCUCUGAUUACAGUGUUGUUGUCCCGUUCGACCGCAUCGCGUUAUACUCUGGCUGGUUGGCAUGCAGGGCCAACACCAUGGUGAGGUAUUUGCCUGAGCGGUGCAUGAGGCAGUUUGGACGUGUACAGGUGAUACCGAGGUCACCCUUUGAGGUUGCUCCCGACACAAUUACCCGAGUGGAGCUCACUGCUAUAUUCGAGGGUUGUGUGCAUCAUUUGGUCCUAGACGAGUAUCGUCGUAUGCACGCCACCCAGGAGUGGCAUUGUAUGGAUGGAUACAUGACAUAG